AUGACGACAGCGAGGGUCGACUUCAUCAGUGACCAAGCCUUGAAUCAGUUGAAAACCCUUCUACAUGUCGGGCAAGACACCCUAAAUGAUGUCGCCCAAGACCGGAUUCUGAGAGGGAUCAAGGCAGGGUUCCAGGACAUGUCCUAUCGUUACCAGGUCGUCGAUGAUCCUUUCAAGGGGACGUUCGAAUGGAUUUUUGACCUCGACGGGGAAUCCCCAGAGGCUUCUCAAUUUACGCAGUGGCUAUCGUCAGGGGAUGGCAUCUUCCACAUCUGUGGUAAGCUUGGCUCCGGAAAGUCUACACUAAAUGCUAAGGGAGGGCGAAAGUUAGUUAUGGCCAACUUCUUUUUCUACGCACUUGGCUCAGAUCCCCAACACAAAUCUUUAAUGGGCCUCUACAGAAGUCUACUCUACCAGAUCCUGAUAAAAGUCCCCGACCUCACAAAGAAUCUUCUCCCGGGCCAAUGGACUGCGGUCCUUUCGCAGCCAAAGAUUCAGUCAGCAUACGAGAUCCUCGAUGAUGAUAUAAAGCUAGCUUAUACACCGCUGUCAAAACAGGGCGACGAUGACUUCCUCGGCGAGUACUGUUUCGGCUUCUUUAUUGACGGCCUGGAUGAGUAUCAGGCAACAACCUCGGUUGACCAUCGCAAGAUGGUGCACUGCCUCAAAGAUUUAGCCAACAGCGCAUCAGACAUGUUCAAAUUAUGUAUCUCGAGUCGUAUAGAGAAUCCGUUCAUGGACAUGUUCUCCGAGGAUGCCAGGCUCUAUCUCCACAAGUUGACAAGGCGAGACAUGAAGAAAUAUGUCCAGGGGAAUCUGAAACAUAUCGGAACCCAGGAAAGACGUCGGCAGCUCGCUUCUGCUAUCACGUAG